AUGAGGAAGUACGCGCUGCUUGCAGCUGUUGCAAGCUCGGCGAAUGUUUUUGAAAGGAUAAGCAGGAGAGCAAGAGUCGACUGGAAGGAUCUCAUUGAUAAGGGGCCGUAUUGGGACCCAUCUUUUAUGGACUACCAGGGGGAUGAGCCUCAGCGAGUCGGAAAUUCUGAAGCAUUUGUCUUCGACAGAGAUGAUUUUCUCAAUGAUGCUCCAUCUUAUGAUAAUGACUUUUUCGGAGAGAGCGAGGUCAAGCCAAUGUCUCUCGUCACUGGCGAAAGAAAAGAUCUUGGAGACGACACUGAUGUCUGUUGGGAGAGCUGUGAUGCACCACCAGAGUGUCUUUGCAAAAACUGCUGUGUAGAGAAAAAAGUAACGUGUCCGGUCGACGUUGUCGUUGCUCUUGAUGUCUGCCACUGUGAUAACAGCCGAUGGAUCAAGACAAUCGAGUUUGUCACGCACUUGACUGAAGAAUUCCAAGAAAAGGUCGAUGAUUUCCGAUUAAGCGUCGUGCUCUUCAAUGAGGUCUCGGAAGUUGCAUUUUCACUUGCUGAUUGGGAUCCGACAUGGACGUUGGAGGAUGUUUACCAAAUAUUGGACAAUCACGACCUCAUCGACUUCUAUGGGCGGGGAACUUUCCUCCAUACCGGGGUAGAAUUCGCGAUGAAACAAUUUGACCACGAUCUGAAGAGAAGGGCAUUGUUGGUUUUGUACUCGAAUGGUCUUUCGCAAUCCAGUGACACUGAAGUGCUUGACGUCGUGAACAAGUUCCCGGGGCCAAAAGUCGUUUCCGUCACAGCUGAUGCUCUUUACGAUAACUGCGACGGACCUCUCUGCCCCCACAAGCAGCUACUGAGUGACAUGACUAACAAUAUGGUUCUUGAUGGUAGUGGACGAAAACAGUUUUGGGCUGCAAAGGAAAUCCGAAAAAUUGUCCAAGAGUCUUUUGUCUGCCAUGAGCGAGCUUGUGAAUGGUGCGACUGUGACUGCGAUUUCUCCUGUGAAAAUACAGAGGCUCUCGCAGGAGUUACCCGAGAUGAGUGUCAGAACUGCCCGAAGAUUCCUUGCCCAGUGGACAUCAUCUUUGCCAUCGACAUGUGCCACUGCGACCCGCUCCGAAUGGAGAUAUCCAAGGAGUUCAUCGCUGCUACUGCUGACAAGCUCAUUCCUGACUCUGACGCUCGCGGUCAAAAAGUCAGACUGUCUGUUGUUCAGUUCAAUGAAAUUGCCGUGACAUCUACUCAUUUUGUCGAGUUCAACGGAGACGCAGCCGAUAAAGGCAUGGGCACAAAGUUAACUACUGGUAUCGAUGAAGCAAGAAAGACUUUUCAAUUUGAAUCGAUGUCUCAGUCCGACCGUGAUCGGCUUGGAAUUUUCACCAAUAAGACGGAAAAAGUUCUCAUCUUGCACUCUAAUGGGCACUCAAUGGACUCGCGAGUCGGAAUCAUGAAGACAAUUGAUGGAAUCAAGCAAGACUUUGAAGUAAAAGUCAUUCCUGUAUCAGUGGAUGCUCCAAGCUUCAAAUCGCAUGAUCCUACUGCCCCUGACGCUGUUUUUUUGAACCGAAUCAAGGAUCAAAAACUUUCUAACUUUGUGGAUGGAACUCAAUUAGAACAAGCUGUCAAUGCUAUCGAUUCUUUCAUCAUGGACAUGGAGUGUGACGACAUCAGAUGCGAAAAUCCUUGUCCUUUCGAAGAACGAGAGUUUGAAACUUCGCCAGAGCCUGCACUUUGCCCAAAUGUUUUCGGCGAGUUUAACCCGAUCAACCCCGCUGAAAUGGGGAGCGAUUUUGAUAGAACUGAUGUCGAUGGGCCAAAUCCAAGCAACCCAUCUGAAAUUUACGAUUCUCCGUGCAAGGCAUUGAAUCUGGCCUUUAUUAUUGAUGGAUCAGACUCCGUUACGGGCCGACCAAAUGGAGGAGAAUGGAAAACUGUCCGAGACUGGGUUUCGGCGGUGAUUGACGAGCUUGAUCUUGAGUCGCGCCCCGGAAUUUCCAACGUCGCUGUCAUGCAGUAUGCCGCGAAUCACGAAAUCGUUCAACAAAAAUGGUGGCCGAUGGGAUGUGAUCCUCAAAGGCGAUCCUCAACUGAGCUUCGAGACGAACUUGCUCGUUGGCGACAGUUCAACACCACAACUAAUACAUACAAGGCUACGACCGCAAUGAUGGAUUUCCACGACGACAAUCUCGCCCAGCUCUCCGAGAAUCAAUACAAUGUUCUUGUCUUGAUUUCUGAUGGCGAGCAUCGUGAUGCUUGGCGCAAGAAACAGACGGAAAUCGACCGACUGAAGCAAACUUUCGACAUGGUUCAAGUGGUCAAGAUUCGGGAAAACCGCGAAUUCCACAACCUCGAAGAUUGGCAAGAAGAUAGCACGAUGAUCAAAUCUCUCCGAACCAGACCAAACUGGGCUGCGGAAGAGCUCGAUUUCCUCCAGGAAUGCGAGCACAAAUGCGGAAUGGCCUACGAUUCUUCAUCGUCUUCAUUCUCUUCAUCUGAUCCCUUCUCAUCCUCGACAGACUUCUCUAACCCCUAA